UGUUGCAUGCAGCUUAACCGUUAUCUGGCGAUUUGCCUUUGCGCAGCAGUCGCAUUCGCUGUCGCCGACGACAGCAGCAGCAGCAGCAGCAGUGAGAGCAACAAGGACGGCAACAGUAAAUGGUAUUGCGAUGCAACCGAUCUCUGUUUGCCCGAGGAGGAGGUGCUCACCAGUGCGGUGCGUGCUCAAAAACAGUUUGAAAGUCAGCGCGAUUGUCGGCUGUCGUGUGGCAAAUACGGUUCCAUUUGGCCAAUGCCCACGGGCAAUUGCAGCUUGUCGCACGAUCGCGUGCACUUUGAUCCGUGGAAGGUGCGCUUCAAUGUGGUGGCACCCAGUCCGGUGACCACACAAUUUCUGCGUGAAACGAAUCGUUUGUUUGUGAGCAAUCUCCUCAAGGAAUGCACACGCAACUGCACCUUCAGCGGCAGCAAAGAGGUGCUCGUCAAGGCCACAGUGACCGACAGCAGUCUGAUCCUCGACUGGACCACCGAUGAGAGCUACAUGAUGGUGGUGCGCACCACCGACACCGCCAGCUUUGUGGACAUCAAAGCACCCACGGUGUAUGGAGCUCGUCACGCCUUCGAAACGCUCAGCAAUCUGGUCACCGGCAGCUUGGGUAAUGGACUCCUGUUGGUGAGUGGUGCACGCAUCAGUGAUGCACCCGCCUAUCCACAUCGCGGUCUCCUGCUGGACUCGGCUCGAAACUUUGUGCCGUUGCGGUAUAUACGCAGCACUCUCGAUGCGAUGGCGGCCUCCAAGUUGAAUGUGCUGCACUGGCAUGUGGUGGACACGCACAGUUUCCCGCUGGAGAUCACACGUGUGCCCGAGAUGCAACGCUAUGGCGCCUACUCCACGGCGCAAACGUAUUCCCGGGCGGAUGCCGUUAAUCUGGUGAAAUACGCCCGAUUGCGUGGCAUACGGAUUCUGGUCGAGAUCGAUGGACCCUCGCAUGCGGGCAAUGGCUGGCAAUGGGGUCCAGCGGCGGGUCUGGGCAACAUGUCCGUCUGCCUCAAUCAGUCGCCGUGGCGCAACUUUUGCGUGCAGCCGCCUUGUGGCCAGUUGAAUCCACUCAACGAUCACAUGUACGCCGUGCUCAAGGAGAUACUCGAGGAUGUCGCCGAGUUGGGCGCGCCCGAGGAGACCAUCCACAUGGGCGGCGAUGAGGUGUAUUUGCAGUGCUGGAAUCGCACCGAGGAGAUCACCAAUGAGAUGCGCACGCUGGGCUACGAUCUCAGUGAGGCGAGCUUCUUGCGUUUGUGGUCGCGUUUCCAUCAGCGCAACGUCGAGGCCUGGGACAAUAUCAAUCGUCACAUGUAUCCAAAGAUCAGUGAUCCCAAGCCGGUGAUCCUUUGGUCCAGUCGCCUCACCGAUCCCCAGCACAUUGAGCAACUGCUGCCCAAGGAGCGUUUCAUCAUCCAGACGUGGGUGGGGGCGCAGGAUUCGUUGAAUCGUGAUCUCCUGCAUCGCGGCUAUCGACUGUUGAUCUCCACAAAGGAUGCGUGGUAUUUGGAUCAUGGCUUCUGGGGCAACACCAAGUACUACAACUGGCGCAAGGUGUACGACAAUCCAUUGCCCUUGGCCAGCUUAAGUGGUCCUCAGGGGCGUCAAGUGCUCGGGGGCGAGGUGUGCAUGUGGAGCGAAUACGUGGAUCAGAAUUCGCUAGAGCCUCGCAUUUGGCCCAGAGCUGGCGCCGCUGCGGAGCGUCUGUGGUCCAAUCCCAAGUCGGCGGCAUAUUUGGCCCAGCGUCGCUUCUAUCGCUAUCGCGAACGUUUAAUUGCACGUGGCAUUCAUCCGGAUGCGGUGAUACCGCAUUGGUGUGUGCUCCAUGAGGGUCAAUGUCUCUAAGGAAAUUGUAUUCUUAUACGUUUUUUUUUUUGUUUUGUAAUAAAUUUAAGCACCUUUGAACUGAAA